GGCGGUCGGUGGCGGCCGCUACGGUGCUGACAAGAUGGCGGCUGGCGGGGCUGUUGUUGCGGCGCCCGAGUGCCGGCUUCUGCCCUACGCGCUGCACAAGUGGAGCUCCUUCUCCUCCACCUACCUUCCCGACCCUUAAACUAUAUUUGCUGGUGGAAAGAUUGAUGGCUCCCUUGUCUAAAAGUUGAGCAAGGAUGUUGGUUAUUCACCUAUAAUAAUCUUGACUUCAAAGUCAUCUAUCUCACUGAAUUGCUCACUUCUCUAUAAUUUGAAGGAACAUUUUAGUGGAUAAACCAAAUGACCAGUCUUCCAGAUGGUCUUCAGAGAGCAACUAUCCUCCCCAGUACUUGAUUCUGAAGCUUGAAAGGCCUGCUAUAGUUCAGAAUAUUACAUUUGGAAAGUAUGAGAAAACCCAUGUCUGCAAUUUGAAGAAAUUCAAAGUCUUUGGUGGAAUGAAUGAAGAAAAUAUGACAGAACUGUUGUCUAGUGGCUUGAAGAAUGAUUAUAACAAAGAGACAUUUACCUUGAAACAUAAAAUUGAUGAACAGAUGUUCCCUUGUCGGUUCAUUAAAAUUGUUCCACUUCUUUCCUGGGGGCCCAGCUUUAAUUUUAGCAUCUGGUAUGUUGAGCUUAGUGGCAUUGAUGACCCCGAUAUAGUGCAGCCCUGUCUGAACUGGUACAGCAAGUACCGCGAACAAGAAGCCAUUCGCCUUUGCCUAAAACACUUCAGACAACACAACUAUACAGAGGCUUUUGAAUCCCUGCAAAAGAAAACCAAGAUUGCACUGGAACAUCCAAUGUUGACAGAUAUGCACGACAAAUUGGUCUUGAAGGGUGACUUUGAUGCUUGCGAAGAGUUGAUUGAAAAAGCUGUAAAUGAUGGCCUAUUUAAUCAGUAUAUCAGUCAGCAGGAAUAUAAGCCCCGGUGGAGUCAGAUCAUUCCUAAGAGCACCAAAGGUGAUGGAGAAGAUAACCGACCAGGAAUGAGAGGGGGCCAUCAGAUGGUUAUCGAUGUUCAGACAGAGACUGUUUAUUUGUUUGGUGGCUGGGAUGGAACACAAGAUCUUGCUGACUUCUGGGCAUACAGUGUGAAGGAGAACCAGUGGACAUGUAUCUCUAGAGACACUGAGAAAGAGAAUGGUCCCAGUGCCAGGUCGUGUCAUAAAAUGUGCAUUGACAUUCAACGGAGGCAAAUCUACACGUUGGGCCGUUACUUGGAUUCCUCUGUGAGGAACAGCAAGUCUCUGAAAAGUGACUUCUACCGUUAUGACAUUGACACCAAUACCUGGAUGUUGCUAAGUGAAGACACUGCUGCUGAUGGUGGACCAAAACUGGUGUUUGACCAUCAGAUGUGCAUGGACUCAGAAAAACAUAUGAUCUACACCUUCGGUGGUAGAAUUUUGACAUGUAAUGGCAGCGUAGAUGACAGCAGAGCUAGUGAACCACAAUUCAGUGGUUUGUUUGCGUUCAACUGCCAGUGUCAAACCUGGAAACUUCUUCGGGAAGACUCCUGUAACGCUGGCCCUGAGGACAUCCAGUCUCGAAUUGGACAUUGCAUGCUGUUCCAUUCAAAAAAUCGUUGCCUAUAUGUCUUUGGUGGCCAGCGAUCUAAGACCUAUUUGAAUGAUUUCUUUAGUUAUGAUGUGGACUCUGAUCAUGUAGACAUAAUUUCAGACGGCACCAAGAAAGACUCUGGAAUGGUACCAAUGACAGGAUUCACACAGAGAGCAACUAUUGAUCCAGAACUGAAUGAAAUACAUGUCUUAUCCGGACUUAGCAAAGACAAAGAAAAAAGGGAAGAGAAUGUCAGAAAUUCAUUCUGGAUUUAUGACAUUGUGAGGAAUAGCUGGUCUUGUGUCUAUAAGAAUGAUCAGGCUGCAAAAGAUAAUCUGAGCAAAAGUCUUCAGGAAGAAGAACCAUGUCCAAGGUUUGCCCAUCAGCUCGUUUAUGACGAAUUACACAAGGUUCAUUAUUUAUUUGGUGGAAAUCCAGGAAAAUCUUGUUCUCCAAAGAUGAGACUAGAUGACUUCUGGUCACUGAAGUUGUGUAGACCUUCAAAAGACUACUUACUGAGGCAUUGCAAGUACCUCAUAAGAAAACACAGGUUUGAAGAAAAGGCCCAAAUGGAUCCUCUUAGUGCUCUGAAGUAUUUACAGAAUGAUCUUUAUGUAACUGUGGAUCAUUCGGACCCGGAAGAGACAAAAGAGUUUCAACUCCUAGCCUCAGCUCUGUUCAAAUCUGGCUCAGACUUCACAGCUCUAGGCUUUUCAGAUGUGGAUCACACCUAUGCUCAGAGAACUCAGCUCUUUGACACCUUAGUAAAUUUCUUUCCUGACAGCAUGACUCCUCCUAAAGGCAAUCUAGUAGACCUCAUCACACUGUAACCUGGGGAGUCAGUGGAGGACGCGUUAGGCUUAGAAGUGGAGACAGGAGUCGGAGUUUGCUGUUGGCGUGGGCAGAGGUGACGUCGCAGUGACUGAGGACUGCAUCAGUUUGGAAGGAUCCUUAUUAUCACAAGUUUUAACCCUCUCCUUCGUACCUGACCUCAGUCCCUUUUUCCUCAUACUCCUGCAUUAGGCUAAUAAAGUGAAAUUGCUAUACUUCCCAUUUAAUUAUGUAUAUUUUCUUUAGCUUUGAAGAAUUAACAAAUAUUAAUAAAAAUUAGGCUUGUCCCUUUUUUGCUUUCCAAUUUUUUUAAAGUUUCUUUUUAGUUAGGAAAACAGCACUCACUGUUAGUAGACUCAGUGCUGAGGGAAUUUGGGGUUUUGCUGUUGGGUUGUUUGGCCUUUGUUUCCCUUUUACUUUCCUUCCUCACAGCUGUUGUGAGCGAUGUCACUAGUUAACUUCCUCAUUCUUAACAGCUGUGUACUUCAGUUGGUGUAGGUUAAGCUGAUGUAACUGUUGACUUCUCUUGUACUAUACUAAACAACAGAGAGGCUAGAGGACUUCAGUUUAUACUUUUUGCCAUACAACCAAAAAGCAAAACUUGAUUGACCCAGACACCUGAUCAGAAAUUGGUAUUUCUAUAUUGAUAUUUUAUAGUAGACAUUACAGUAGCCCUUGGCUUCAAAUCACAAAGACCUGAAACCAAGGCUAUCAUCCAGAAACUUUCAGAGAUCUGCUAUAGAUGACCAGCAGGAGAGGUGCUGUCCUGCACACUCUUUCGUUGGUGUGUUUGUAGAGAUUUGGGAAAGAAAUGACUCUCCUCUGACGAGUUAUGCAGACCCAGCGCUCUUGUUCUCCUCUGAGUUAUUUUUAUGUCACAGUUUUAUCUGGGAAAAUGGGUUCCAGAGCUGCGCUUUCAUUUUUUUUCUGACGUUUCCCUGUUGUUGUCAAGAGUAGUGGUGUGCGGUUGUCCUGUGGCCUACAGCCCACAAGCGUUCAGUGAGCAUGAGGACUGGGCUCUUUUAAACGGACAGAAGGAAAAAAAAUAAUACUAAGAGUUUUUCAACAAAUUGCCCUUUUCAUUGUGCCAUUUUUGUGUAUGCAAGAACAGAGGAGCAUACCUUCCUAUUAAGUGUUGUGGAAUGUAGCAUGAGAAACCUACAUCUGGCUAGUUGGUGUUCACAGUUGCUCAAAAAGGGUGUCAUUUGUAGCUGGUAACCCACCAUGUUGAAAGCAGAAUUUAUAUCCACAUGCCAGCGAGUAAGAGUGAGUGACUAUGAAAUUGACCUGUACUUUCAGAAAGUGUCAUGUAUAGGAAUGAGAGCUGAUAAGUUUUUUCCCUCUGUCUUUACUUCAUGGUUUUGCUUCUGAGGAUGAAUGAGAAUAUAUUUUUGUCGGUUGAGAUGAACAAGAAUAUAUUUCUUCCAGUUGUAGGAUUGAAUCAUGGCUUUUUAACUUUACAAGCAUUCCAAAGCAAUCAGUAGUAAUUUAUUAAACAUGUAGGUACUUAUAUUGUGAAAAAUAUGAUGUAUAGUUUAGCAGGUACCAAAUUGUAUAAAUACUGAAUAAUCAGUUAACUGUACAUUUGAGUAAAUCUUUUCUAUUCAAAGACUUGCAAUCCUAAAGUGAUUCUUCUGACUAGCAGCCAGGAACAUAAAGUGUAUAUCACUAAUUUUGUCUAAGACAGAUGCAAAUCAGUAGUUGACAAAACGAACUUGAACUGGAAACUGCCAAAAUAGAAGAGCCGUGGCUGAGCACUGUGAACUCUGGCACUUUGACAGUACAACCAAAUGGAAUUCUGCUGCUUACCACCUCUGUGUAGACGUGCUUCCCCUGCCACCCCUAAGUUUGUCCAUCAAUUCCUCAGAGUCUAUUUUUUUGCAUGAAAUUCAUUUCUUGACCUCAAUGAUUCUUUUUUCGCUCUUAACUGCUUUUCUUUCCCUGUUUUUAUAAUGCCUACUUUAAUUUCAUCUUUUCUCAUUUCUAUUUAGUUUGGAAUUUUUCAUUUUUCACUACCAUAUUUAAAUGGUUGAAUCAUAAGAAACCACUUAGUUGCCUGAGUGAGAUGCUUUCACUAACUGGGGAGGUAACUGACAGUCAGUUAGAAUCUGUGCCUUGAGGAUUUAGUGGGGGCACUGCCAGGGAUAACUUCAGAAAGCAUAGGGCUUUAUAUGUCCAGGACCAAGACCGACAUGUCGCUCACAUUUCACAUUAGAACCCAGAUUUAGAACUUGUAUAUAUAUUUAUUUAGUAAAGAGUAACAGCAUAAUAUUAUAAUUUAAACAAUAAAAUUAGUAUUUAAGUAACCAAAUACGUAUACUUUACUACUUAAAAUUUCUUUCAUAUUCUAGCUUAGUCCCAAAUUAAAACACUUAGCUUUAGAUACAUUAGUUAGUGGGAAACUGUUUCCUUGACUUAAUCCCCAGUUUCAGCCUCACCUCCAUCUUCAUUUUUCAUAAGACUUUCAAUGAGAAAUAAGCUGUAGAUAUCUGAUGUUACUUCCACCCUUGUCUUCUGUAAGAAUUUGAAUUACAACUCACUUCACAAGUGCAUUUGCAUUUUAUUGGUGAAUAGCUCGAGACUUUGCUUGGCCACCAGUUUGUUUGAUUCAAAGUUAUGUUGUGUUUCUACACACACAACGUAAUUCAGAGUUGGAUUUCCACCUCUGUGUUGUUAAAGCUGACAACAAUAUUAACCUUUAUCAAAGUCCUAUUUGGAUAUGAUUUCCAUUUCUACUAAAACUGGCCAUUCUUUGUCUAGGAGUAAGCAAAUGAAAGCAGCGGAAAGUUAAGUCCCUGGCUUGUUAUAGAAGAGUAUGUUAGGUUUACGGCCCAGUGCUUGCUUUGUCUAUAAAACUAGAUUGAGUGAAAUGUGUAGUCUGUGUGUGAGUGUGAGCAGUUGUCAUCCCACUGGCUCUCUCCACAUCUGCCUUAAAAAGUUACAUAGAAAUAAAUACAUAGUAACAGUUUCAUGAGACAAAAUAGGCUUAAAAAUCUGGACAGGUAAAACCUAGCUGAGGAACUUAACCAUUUAGUGGGAGAUAGAGAUUGUUGCUUAAUAAGUCAAAAAAAGAAUGUUCCUUAUUAUUGUUCUCUGAGUUAUAUUGAAUUUCGUGGUAAUUAUGCAUAUAAAGGAGUUUUCUUGUAAUUUUUUUGUUGUUGUUAUUGGAUAAUCGUUUAUUUCUCGAAGGAAGCAGGUGUGAAGUACUUGGCUGACUGAGUACUCUGUGGCGGUUGGGACUUCGGGUUUGAAGUGACUUCUUGGGAAGAAGUCAUGAUAGUCUGCACUUUAGACAAAAGUCACAAAAGCUCUUUAAAAAUGCCCUUUCUAGCACUUGCUUUCUUAAAAACCCUUGCUCAUCCCUUUGCAGAAAUUCUUGCCUGAAUUUUUACCAAGUUUUAGCUAGUCUGUGGUUUAAGAUGUGCAGGCUCUACAAGAAAAAAAUUUUUUUUCUAUAGUUGCUGGAGAUAUGUCAUAGAGGUCUCUAUAAGACAGUAUUUACAGAUUAAGUCAUUGAGCUCUUUAAUGCAGUUUUUGUUUUCUGUAUUAGACUAAUAAUACUAAUUUUUAUAUGUUGCUUUUGAUUGUGUGUUUGGUCUCUGUAAUUUGUCUUACUGUUGAAGUGAUUUGGCUAUCUAAAGCUUCUAGUAUAUGUCAGGUAUAUAUAUAUUAUAUAUAUAAAAUCUUCUCUAUGUAGGUGUGUCAUUUGAAUUUCAGAGUUUUCACAUCUGUUGAAAUUACCUGGAGCUGACUAGUACAAAUGAAUGACAUGAAUAGUUUGCUUGUUUAUGGGGGGGGGGGUUAUUGCAGUCCGUUGAUUUCAUCACCAAAUGCUCUUGUUUUCUUAAUAAAUGCUAUCUCAGAUUUUAUUUUUUAGAUGACUUUUUAACCUUAAAUUCAUUCUGCUCACCAAUUACUGUGAAUUGUGUUUCCAUUUCUUUUUCUUGGCUAAUUUAACUUUAUUCACUACUUCCUAGAUUUUUCUAUGACACUGUUCAGAACUGUUGUAUUGCUUUUAAAAAAAAUCGAAUCAUUGUAAAUCAUACAUGCUCCUGUGUAUGACAAGAAUAACGAGAUUAAAAAUGAAUAUUGGUAAAGAAGUAAUAACAUUUAGAUGUUGCUAUAAAAUGUGUGUGCUAUUUUCAUUUGGGGAUGGCUAUGGCAGCUUUCACUAUGAAAAAUGUCUUAGCUUCUUUUCCUGGUACUGGAAACAGCUGUCAUAGAACUAUUGGCAGAAUACACGUUCUGAAAGAAAGCUGGCCUAUGGCAAUCAGCAUGUCACCUCUGCUGUCACCCUUUCUUUUGGUUGUAUUUUUAGCAAACCUUUUUUCUGUUUCUACCUCCAUCAGUAGCAUUGAUUUUCUGUUGAAGUUGAAAUUUGUGCUAAUAAUUGACUGUUAGCAUUGUGGUGCACACCUUUAAUCCCAGCAUUUGGGAAGCAGAAGCAAGAAGAUAUCUCUGUGAGUUCAAGGCCAGUCUAUCUACCUGGUGAGUUCCAGACCAGCUGGAGCUGCAUGGUGAGACUCCAUCUCAAGGCUUGGGGGCAGGGUUAGUUUCUGAGACAGUUUGAAUAUUAGAAAUGGCUUUUAUUGCCACUAAAUAAUUGAUAUUCCUUGUUUUCUUAAGUAAAAAUAAUAUAGUGAUAUAAAUGUCUCUUCUCAUGAAGAACAUGAAUUUAGGGUAGGUGAGAUACCUCAGCAGGUAGAGUUCAUCCUGCAGGACACACAUGGUGGAAGUAGAGACCUGCUUCCCACGCCUGUUCUCUGACCUCCACGUAUGCACACAUAUACAAAAUGAAUAAGUAAAUGAAACUUUUAAAAAUUAAGAGACUAUGAACUUAGAUUCCACUCUAAGUGGCUAAAUUGCUUUCUCAGUCAUAAAGCCAGUGAUAAUCAUCAGACCAUAACAUCUGUAGUCUUGGUCUAAGGAGUCCUUAGUCAGUAUAGUAAGUUCGACUUUCUAGUACUCAGAAAGAAAUACCUUCCUGGAAAAUUCCUGUUACUAUCUUUUUCGAAAGCCACAGAUGUGAAUUGGAAUCCUGUUCACAACACAGAAAGCAAAGGGUGGUUCUAGUUUCUCUUACAUACUCCAGCUGUGUGUAAAUCCUAUCUGCAGAUUUGCAGUCUUGUUCCCAAACACAGCCGGGCUCGCUUGGAUGCCAUCCGACAGCCAUGGGAUCAACAACAGAAAAGGUGGCAGUGACAGGGUGUUGAGCGGGGAAGGAACCAGUUCUAAGGAUUAUGAAAUCAUGCAUCUUCCUUUUCUCUGCUACACAGGUAGCCCCAGUAAGCUAUUAUAUGUACACGUACUCUAACCUGAGAUGUGUUGACCUCAGGAAGGAAGCUACAAAGGAUAAUGAGCCCAGGUAGUUUGGAUGCUCACCUUAAUAGACCUGGAUGGAGGUGGGUGGUCCUUGGACCUCCCACAGGGCAGAGAAACCUGCUUGCUCUUUGGGCUGAGGAGGA